UCCCUGACGGCCCCUCGGACCUGCGCGCUGUCAACGUCGCCGACACCUCGGCCCUGCUGCGCUGGCGCCCGCCCCAGGCCCCCGUCCAGAGCUACGAACUGAGCUACGGGCCCCCCCAGGGCCCCUCGGUGACGCUGCGGCUCCCCGGGGACCGGGCCGAACACCCCCUGUCCGGGCUGCGGCUCGACACCGAGUAUCUGGUCAGCGUCCACGGGGUGACGAGGGGCAACCGCAGCUCCCCCACCAGCGCCACCUUCACCACCGGGCUCGACGCCCCCCGGGACCUGCGAGCCACCGAGGUGACCCCCCGCAGCGCCCGGCUCUCCUGGACUCCCCCCCGCGUGCCCCCUGCCGGCUACCUGCUCAGCUACGAGACGCCUGCCGGCCAAACGCAG